UAAGCCCCGCGCCCCCCACCCUACCCCCUUGCUUCGUCCACACUGUGUGUCUAAUGGCUCCACACAUGCUCCCUUUCAUUUCUUAAUUUCUUAAACAACACGGUCGACUCUCAAACAGCCGGUGCUGGGGCGACUAGUUUAUGCUGUCACUUUGAUUGCACAGAGCGUGGAACUGAGCCCAGAGAAGGCCCCUCCGUAAAUGCCUGAUGAUUGAUUUGGACCAGAACGCUCGCAUUUUUAUGUGCUGGCUUCUCGAACUUUCUUCUGAUGGAGGACAGUGCCCAGCAUGGAGGAGGGGGCGUGAGAGCACAGAAUGUGCUCUUGUUGGGGGCAGUGAGGUGCCCGAGGCCCCCCGCUGGAAUUGUCUGCGGCGUCUGUCCCUGAAGGCCGGGCCCUUGCCUUUAUGUGAGGCUCACAGCCCCGCAGCCCUCCCCGGGGUACCCUGCAGACGAUCCUUCCUUCCGAGGUUUAAGAUUCCGUGUGCAAAGAAAGGAGCCUGGUGCUAACUGUCCCACAGCUGACCCAAGGCCCGGCCCCUGCCCACAGGCAUAUGUGGAGAGACGGAGACACUGGAGCCCCGAGCCCAGCGGGAGACUUUGACCAGAACCCCAGGGAGAAAAGGCAGAGUGCAGUGUGAACGGCUUUUCAAGGAGCAGAAGGAACAGGGCCCGAGGGAAAGCGCCCCCCUCCUCCCCCCCCCCCCCCCCGCCCCCAUCUCCUGGAGGUCUCAGAGCCACUUCCUCAUUUCCUCCUGAAGCACUUCAGGAACCCGAUAAGCCCUGCAGGGUCGAAACUGCAGGCCUCGGGCGGCUUGGGCUUAUGAGAAGCUGUCCUCUGCUUCCAGGAGGUCACGCUGACAUCACGGGUUCGAAGAAGUCCGCAAGGUCUCAGGGGCAUCCUUUAAAACGAGAGACCACGUAAGGUCGCGGGUGUCUCCAGUCACACAGCGGAGAGCGUCCCUCGGUGGAGCGGGUCCCACGAAGGCCGGCCUGGCCUACGACACGGCUGGGUAGCGCCUGGCGGGCGGCCUUCGAGCCUGGCUUUGCAGAGCUCCCCACACGCAGGCACAGAGCCCACCCCCCACCCACUGCUGCCGACACUUGCUCCCAAGCCUCAAGUCCGCACUGAUCUGCGGUAUCUGGGUGCAGUUCGGACGGGGCACCUUACGUAAUGAUCGGUGAUUCCAGCCAUUUGACACGAGCCAAAGGAGAAAAAAAAAAAAAAAAAAAAAGUCUCCUGGCUGGCAUCUGGUUUUAUGAGCUUUUGCUUUCAUGGCAAGAAGCGAGAGAUGAUCUCUGGGCGUAGAGAUCCCCACAUUCCCGGGCCUGCUGCUCUCGGAAAGCGUUUCCAUUGCACCGUGUAGGGAGCACAGGACAUCAGAAAACCAGGGGCUCGUGUGCACCGGGGCCUGGACACCCCCCCCCCCGCCCCCAACCCCAACAGGCUCAUUUAAAGACACUCUUACGUAAUAGAUCAGUAAGAAGGAGAGACACAGGACGGGACUCUCUCUUCAGCAGCAAAAUCGGAGUGUCCGGAGAUGUUUGGUAACAGUCUCAUCCCCGCCCCCCUUCUGGUGCUCAGAUAACGUGGAAAAUGUGAGUCUCGGUGUUUCCACGUUUCAAGCUGCCUGGCGGCUUUAAAACAGAUUCCGGCCAUCGCAGCUCUAGACCCAGAGGAAGACUGGCUCGGGGAAGGACGGGCGCCAUCCCGGAGGAGUGGAAGUUGGACCUCCGUAACGGGACGGCGGCCACCGUCCACUGAGCACCGACCACAUGCCAGGAGGAGGGCCAGAGACGGACGACUGUAUGGAGACACUGAGGGAUGAGGAGGACGCCUUGUGGGAGAAUGUGGAGUGCAACCGGCACAUGUUGAGUCGCUACAUCAACCCAGCCAAGCUCACCCCCUACCUGCGCCAGUGCAAGGUCAUCGAUGAGCAGGAUGAGGAUGAAGUGCUCAGUGCACCCAUGCUGCCGUCCAAGAUCAACCGGGCAGGCCGACUGUUGGAUAUUCUACACACAAAGGGCCAGAGGGGCUAUGUGGUCUUCUUGGAGAGCCUGGAAUUCUACUACCCAGAACUGUACAAACUGGUGACUGGAAAGGAGCCCACCCGGAGAUUCUCUACCAUUGUGGUGGAGGAGGGCCACGAGGGCCUCACGCACUUCCUGAUGAACGAGGUCAUCAAGCUGCAGCAGCAGAUGAAGGCCAAGGACCUGCAGCGGUGCGAGCUGCUGGCCAAGUCGCGCCAGCUGGAGGACGAGAAGAAGCAGCUGACGCUGACGCGGGUGGAGCUGCUGACCUUCCAGGAGCGGUACUACAAGAUGAAGGAGGAGCGCGACAGCUACAACGACGAGCUGGUCAAGGUGAAGGACGACAACUACAACCUGGCCAUGCGCUACGCCCAGCUCAGCGAGGAGAAGAACAUGGCGGUCAUGAGGAGCCGAGACCUCCAGCUCGAGAUCGACCAGCUCAAGCACCGGUUGAAUAAGAUGGAGGAGGAGUGCAAGCUGGAGAGGAACCAGUCGCUGAAACUGAAGAACGACAUUGAGAAUCGGCCCAAGAGGGAGCAGGUCCUGGAACUGGAGCGGGAGAACGAGAUGCUGAAGACCAAAAUCCAAGAGCUGCAGUCCAUCAUCCAGGCCGGGAAGCGCAGCCUGCCCGACUCGGACAAGGCCAUCCUGGACAUCUUGGAGCACGACCGCAAGGAGGCUCUGGAGGACCGGCAGGAGCUCGUCAACAAGAUCUACAACCUGCAGGAGGAGGUCCGCCAGGCAGAGGAGCUGCGGGACAAGUACCUGGAGGAAAAGGAGGACCUGGAGCUGAAGUGCUCGACGCUGAGCAAGGACUGCGAGAUGUACAAGCACCGCAUGAGCACCGUCAUGCUGCAGCUGGAGGAGGUGGAGCGCGAGCGGGACCAGGCCUUCCAUUCCCGGGACGAAGCGCAGACCCAGUACUCGCAGUGCUUGAUCGAGAAGGACAAGUACAGGAAGCAAAUCCGAGAGCUGGAGGAGAGGAAUGACGAGAUGAGAAUCGAGAUGGUCCGGCGGGAGGCCUGCAUCGUCAACCUGGAGAGCAAGCUUCGGCGCCUGUCCAAGGACAGCGGCAGCCUCGACCAGAGUCUGCCCAGGAACCUGCCAGUGGCCAUCAUCUCUCAGGACUUCGGGGACGCCAGCCCCAGGACCAACGGUCAGGAAGCCGAUGACUCGUCAACCUCGGAGGAGUCACCAGAAGACAGCAGAUACUUCCUGCCCUGUCACCCCCCCAAGCGCAGGAUGAAUCUAAAGGGCAUCCAGCUGCAGAGAGCUAAAUCCCCCAUCAGCCUGAAGCGAGCCUCAGAUUUCCAAGGGCGAGGCCAUGAGGAAGAAGGCACUGACGCGAGCCCCAGCUCCUCCAGAUCCCUGCCCAUCACCACCUCGUUCUCCAAGAUGCAGCCCCACCGGAGCCGCUCCAGCAUCAUGUCAAUCACCGCUGAGCCCCCCGGAAACGACUCUAUUGUCAGGCGCUAUAAGGAAGACGCACCUCACCGGAGCACCGUGGAAGACGACAACGAGAGUGGCGGGUUCGACGCCUUGGACUUUGAUGACGACAGUCACGAGCACUGCUCCUACGGCCCCUCGUCCGUCCACUCCUCUUCCUCCUCCCACCAGUCCGAGGGCCUGGACGCCUACGACCUAGAGCAAGUCAACCUCAUGUUUAGGAAGUUCUCUCUAGAAAGACCCUUCCGGCCGUCUGUCACGUCGGUGGGGCACGUGCGGGGCUCCGGGCCCUCCACGCAGCACGCCAUGCUGAACGGCGACAGCCUCGCCUCACAGCUCACCCUGCUCGGGGGCAACGCCCGGGGGAGCUUCAUCCACGCGGUCAAGCCGGGCUCCCCGGCCGAGAAGGCGGGCCUCCACGAGGGCCACCAGCUGCUGGGGCUGGAAGGCUACAUCAAAGGGGAGAGGCAGAGCGUCCCCUUGGAAACGUGCACGAAGGAGGAGGUGCACUGGACCGUCCAGAGGUGCAGUGGCCCCGUCACACUGCACUACAAAGUCAACCAGGAAGGGUACCGGAAGCUGCUGAAGGACAUGGAGGAGGGCCUGGUCACGUCCGGGGACUCGUUCUACGUCCGGCUGAACCUGAACAUCUCCAGCCAGCUGGACGCCUGCACCAUGUCGCUCAAGUGUGACGACAUCGUGCACGUCCGGGACACCAUGUACCAGGACAGGCACGAGUGGCUGUGCGCGAGGGUCGACCCUUUCACGGACCAUGACCUCGACGUGGGCACCAUACCCAGCUACAGCCGAGCCCAGCAGCUCCUCCUGGUCAAGCUGCAGCGCCUGAUGCACAGGGGCAGCCGAGAGGAGGCGGACCCCACGCACCACACCCUGAGGGCGCUCCGGAACACCCUGCAGCCUGAAGAGCUGGUUUCCACCAGCGACCCCCGGGUCAGUCCCCGCCUCUCUCGGGCAAGUUUCCUUUUCGGCCAACUCCUCCAGUUCGUCAGCAGGUCCGAGAACAAGUACAAAAGGAUGAACAGCAACGAGCGGGUCCGCAUCGUCUCGGGGAGCCCGCUGGGGAGCCUGGCCCGGUCAUCGCUGGACGCCAGCAGGCCCUCGACCGAGAAGCAGGAAGAGCCGGACCCCGAGAGCGAGCUCGGCAAGAACCUCAGCCUGAUCCCCUACAGCCUGGUGCGCGCCUUCUACUGCGAGCGCCGCCGGCCCGUCCUCUUCACGCCCACCGUGCUGGCCAAGGCGCUGGUCCAGAAGCUGCUCAACUCCGGAGGCGCCAUGGAGCUCACCAUGUGCAAGCCGGAUGUUGUCACCAGAGACGAGUUCCUCAGGAAGCAGAAGACGGAGACCAUCAUCUACUCGCGAGAGAAGAACCCCAACACUUUCGAAUGCAUCGUUCCCGCCAACAUUGAAGCUGUGGCCGCCAAGGACAAGCACUGCCUGCUGGAGGCCGGGAUCAGCUGCACCAGAGACCUGAUCAAGUCCAGGAUCUACCCCAUCGUGCUCUUCAUCCGGGUGUCAGAGAAGAACAUCAAGAGGUUCAGGAAGAUGCUGUCCCGGCCCGAGACGGAGGACGAGUUCCUGCGGCUGUGCCGGCUCAAGGAGAAGGAGGUGGAGGCCUUGCCCUGCCUGUACGCCACGGUGGAGGCCGACAUGUGGGGCAGCGUGGAGGAGCUGCUCCGCGUCCUCAAGGACAAGAUCAGCGAAGAGCAGCGCAAGACCGUCUGGGUGGACGAGGACCAGCUGCGCCGGAGUGCGUGCGCGCGUGCGCGUCUGCCGGAAGCUCGUGCCUCCCUCCGCGGCGGAGAGCAAAGGCCCCGUGGGUUCUAGAGCCACUCUUCUCCCUGACCCCCUGGACGCAGACUUUCCCAGUAUGGACCCGACAGGGUGUGGCCAAGCCAGGCCUCGUCCGGCCCGGCUCCGUGCUGAGUAUUCGGCAGGUGGCAGGCUGGGGUUCACUCCCAGCUCUGUGUGUUCAUGGGAACUGGGAGCAACCGCCGCUUGACAAACCAGGACCCGCAUUCCCUCCCUUACUGACAGAAUCCUGUUUUUAUUCUGGGAAACUACGUGCAGCUCAAAGACCAUAUUCCCCAGCUUCCCUUGCAGCUAGGGUAAUCAAGAAAAUGUAAGGCGACAAGGUGUUGGGGGAAGGACAGAGCAGACCGGCAGCCCUUUCCCUAGUUUCCUGCCUGGAAUACAGCUGUGAUGGCUGGAGCUCCUGCAGUCACCUUGGACCUUGAGGCGACCUUGAGAACAGAAACCCUACACAGAGGAUGGUGGAACAGAAAGAGAAAAGGAGUCAGCGUGGCUGAUGGCACUUUGGAGCCCGGGACGACUGCUUGGGUUUUGUUUACACGGGACAGACAUAAAUUUAUGUUACGUGGUGGUCAUUUCCGUCCUUGGUUACUUGCAGCGUAAAGCAAUUCCUAACAACUACAGGAGCAACCCUUGCUCUUAGAUACCAUGGGUGUGAGUUGAUAUGCUAGGUUUUUGCCACAUGUUCAAGGUUCAAAUUAUGAAUAAAAGAGCUUCUGGUAAAUACCUCACCCUAGAAAACA